CCAGGUCAUGUGACCUGUGACGUCCUCUCCCGGCGCCGGUCUCGCGGUAAAAGCCCUCAGGAGGAGAUUUCCAGCUCCUGUAAGCAACAUCCCUUCACCAAGAAGUUACUGUUCAUACAUGUUUGUUGUCAGGUCCAUAACUAAGAUGGCUUCCAGCAAUCCAGUUUUGAACAAGCUCGAGCAGAGGGCCUCCGAAGCCGAUCAAGUGAUUGAAUACCUCAAACAGCAGGUUGCUCUUCUGAAAGAGAAAGCUAUUUUACAAGCAUCUCUUCGGGAGGAGAAGAAACUGCGUGUUGAAAAUGCAAAACUAAAGAAAGAGAUUGAAACCUUGAAGGAACAACUAAUCAAAAAAGAGACACGUCAUGGAGUGAAACAGGUUGGUCUUCCAACUUCUGCACCUGCUGUGUCCAGCCCAGCUACCUCACAACCUGCUGAUGAGCCUGUAUCUGUGGAGACCUCCUCUUCAGCACCAAAAGCGGGAGAAGAGAAGAAAAAGAAAGAGAAGCCAGAAAAAAAAGGAGAGAAGAAAGAGAAGAAAACGGUUACAGCAGAGGAUGAUGCGAGACCUGUUGACGUAUCUCGAUUGGACCUGCGUGUUGGCUGCAUCAUCUCUGCCAAGAAGCAUCCAGAUGCUGACUCCCUGUAUGUAGAAGAAGUAGACGUAGGAGAAGCAUCUCCAAGAACUGUUGUCAGUGGCCUUGUGAAGUAUAUUCCUGUAGAACAGAUGCAGAAUCGGAUGGCAGUGCUGCUGUGUAACUUGAAACCUGCCAAAAUGAGAGGGGUACUGUCUCAAGCCAUGGUGAUGUGUGCAAGCUCUCCAGAGAAAGUGGAAAUAUUGGAUCCCCCUAUUGGAGCCGUUCCUGGAGAUAGAAUUACCUUUCAGGGGUUCCCAGGUGAACCUGAUAAAGAACUGAAUCCUAAGAAGAAGACAUGGGAGCAAAUCCAGCCAGAUCUUCUUACCAAUGAUGACUGUGUGGCUACUUAUAAAGGAAUAGCAUUCGAAGUCAGUGGAAAAGGCGUAUGCAAGGCCCAAACCAUGUCCCGAAGCAGCAUUAAGUAAUCUAGUUAUGUGAAAAGCACGUUGUAAUGCUAUUACAGAAAAAUAGAACAAUAAAGGCCAAUAAUUUGUUGA